AUGCCCGUUUCCUUGGAAGCUUUGACCCUGACCUUGAGCGGGUUCAUGUCGGGUUAUGAUUUCAGCGGCGCUUGGGUUUUCACACCAGCUGUAGCUGAAGCCCCUUCGCCGUUGAUUGCAAAGCAGUGGAAACAUGCCUGGGACAUUGGCCGAAUUGUCGGGAAAUCCGUUGUGACAGGCUCGGCGGCGAGUUUCGCGUACUUGGCGUAUGGGGAGCCGGUUAAGCAUGGAAACCCUCGGUUUCAGCAGCUACUAUCCUUGGCAGCUAUCGUCAUCGGAGCCAUUGUUCCAUUCACGAUCAUUUCGUCAUAUCCUUUCAACGAAGCUAUCAACAAGCGACUUGGCGAAAUUGACGGGGACAUAAAAGUCGGCAAGGGAAGCACAGACUUGAAGCAGCUAGUCGUUGAUUGGGGACGACUAGACUUUUAUCGUACUAUUUUGGCCAUCUCUGGUACUUUCAUUGGUAUUUUCGCUGUUUUGCUUUGA